UACAGAGAAUCAGCCGCCAAAUAAUAAUCUCUGAGAGCAAGCGACAAGCGACGAGACGAGACGAGACGAGAAUCGGAGCGGAUAAUAUCACUUAGCUAGCUGUAGGCCUUACGCGGACCGAGAUCUCAUACUGCUACUCUCGCCAUGGCUGCUUAAGGCGUUGGAUCUCUUUAGAAUCUUGUUUUAGCUUCUAGGCAUUCUUGCUGGAGAUCAAUCAGGAGGAGGAGGAUUCCAUUGAGAGUGAUGGCGGAAGAAGAGAAGGAUAAGAAUGUAGUCGAGAUAUUAGAGGACAACAUCCCCAUCGAUAUCAACGUAGUCGAGAUAUUAGAGGACAACAUCCCCAUCGAUAUCAACAAAUACAUAAACUUGGUCCAGUCGCCGCACUGUGGCGCCAUUGCGACAUUUGCUGGGACUACGCGGGACACCUUUGAGGGGAAGUCCGUGGUGGAGCUACGAUAUGAGGCAUACGUUCCCAUGGCAAUUCGGUGCAUAAAAUCAAUCUGUUCGUCCGUGAGAUCAUUGUGGAAGGUGAACGCAAUUGCAGUGGCACACCGCGUAGGGCGAGUCCCAGUGGGUGAAACGAGCGUAUUCAUCGCAGUGUCGUCGGUGCACCGGAGCGAUGCAUUGGAUGGGUGCAAGUAUAUAAUCGAUGAGGUGAAGGGGACAGUGCCGAUAUGGAAGAAAGAAGUGUAUAGCAAUGGGGAGGUGUGGAAAGAGAAUUCCGAGUAUUUGGAGAGGCGCGACCAACUCGGUGAGAAGAAAAAGGGAUGUUGUGCGGGAAAGGUUAAGGUAAAUCCCGAUGCAGACCAUGUGUGAUAACACAUAAUACAACAGUUGAUUUUAGCACAUAAUAAUGAUAAUAGCACAUUUUUAUCGUACAUGUAUUGUGUAAAAUAAAAAUAUGCUAUUGGUAUAUUUCGUUCGUGCUGAUUUGACACCAUUAUAUUCAAAUCAGCACGGUAUUAAUUCUCCGCAUUCACUAAUAUUAAUAGUUCCUAAACCCGA